AUGUCGUAUCCUCCAUCUCAAGGUGGCUAUCCACAGCAAUAUGGCGCUCCUCCUCCACAGGGAUACCAGCAACCUCCACCGAACCAAUACCCUCCUCAAGGAUACCCACCUCAACACCAGAGCUAUGGUCCCCCUCCUCCACCAUCUCAAGGCUAUGGGCAGGGUGGCCAGAGUGGAGCCCCACACGGAGGGUAUCUACAAGGUGCUACAAUCGGACCAGGUCGGCCGCCUCCGUCACAGCAGCAGCAGCAGGGAGGAUAUGCACCGCAGGCCCAUUACAACCAGGGCUACCCACCACCCCAACAACCACCGUACGGAGCUCCUUCUCACAGUCCAUACCCUCUUCAGCAAGGAUACCCUCCACCUCAACAGCCUUAUGGGGCUCCUCCUCAGAGCCCAAAUCCACAGCAGCAAGGGCAUCCUCCCUCCCAACAGUCACCUUACGGAGCACCACCGCCCCAAGGCCAAUAUUUACCACAGCAGUAUGGUGCCCCUACUCCAAAUCAGCGAUAUGGACAACCUCCACCACCACAGCAAAACACUUAUGGUGCCCCACCCCAAGCGUUACCUUAUGGAGCUCCGCCACCUCAAUCUUACGGCGCCCCUCAGACAGUGCCGACUCCACCUUCGCCUGGAUACGUCCCUGGCCAAGUAGCCCAUGUCGAUAUGUCUCGUCAAGCAGACGAGUGUCGGAAAGCCAUGAAAGGGCUCGGUACGGAUGAAGCUGCACUUAUCAGAGUUCUGACAAGAAUCGCACCACUCGAAGUCCCAGUCAUAAAGGAGACUUUCCGACAACGGCAUGGCCGCGACCUAGAACACGAUGUCCAAAAGGAAGUGAGCGGACAUUUUGAGCUCUGCCUUCUCUCUAUCCUUCGAGGUCCCCUUCAACAAGACGUCUGGUGUUUGAAUAAAGCCCUCAAAGGUGCCGGAACCGACGAGGAUCUCCUCAACGAAGUUCUAAUCGGCCGCUCCAACGCCGAUAUGCAAGCCAUCAAACAAGCCUACCACCACACUUAUCACCGCAGUCUUGAGCACGACGUCCGCGAUGACCUUUCUGCUAAGACUGAACGUCUCUUCUCUAUGAUACUCUCCGCUACCCGACAAGAAGAAUCAGCCCCAGUGAUCCCUCAAUCGAUCGAAGCAGACGUCACCGAAAUCCACCGCUGUACAGAAGCUAGAGUAGGCGCCGAACAAUUGACCGUCUGUUCCAUCCUCAGCAAGCGCUCUGACGCGCAGGUUCGUGCAAUUGCCCACGCAUACGAACACAGAUACCGACGGUCGCUUGAAAAGGUCUUUAUCCACGAAUUCUCGGGUCAUAUGGAAGACGUUCUCGUGCAAAUGGUCCGAUGCGGGACUGAUAGGGCGAUGCGGGACGCUAUCAACAUCGAGCAUGCCAUGGCAGGGAUGGGGACGAAGGAUGAAAUGUUGGUUACCAGGAUCGUGAAGCUGCAUUGGAACCCGGCGCAUCUGCAGCAAGUAAAAGGGGCGUAUAAGGCGAGGUAUAGGCAGGAUCUGAUUGGGAGAGUUCGGGGGGAAACGAGUGGAGAUUACGGGAGGUGUUUGGUCGCUAUGUUGCAGCAUGCUCUACACCAUGGCAAGCAGCUGCAGGUCGAGCUCAUCAUAGGAAAGCUGCCAGGGAAAGGGACAGCCCUGGGCACUGGCGUCCUCUCAAUUAAUCAUAGGCAACGAGCCAAUAAUCUGGCAACAGACGUGCAGAAACAGAGCGAACUAAGAUCUUCGAAGACCAUAAAUCUCGAAGUUCGUGCUGAUAAUGUCAACAUUCAAGGGGUUUCCACCACUCCAACUGCCACUUUUCCUGGCGGUACACCUGGGGCGCGAGGUUCUAAUCACAUUCAGAUUCCGAAAUUCCUUCCUCUCAUAAACUUCCCUAUAAUGGACUUGGCUGCGAAAGAGACGGCACCAACUUCAACUAGACAACUACGCGCAGAGCAAGACGCGUCCGUCAUCGAAACCACCAAUCGGAACAAUGCAGAUGAUAGCAACUAUAGAGCUCUUGCGGAAGAGGCCUCGUCGGACGCGAGUGAGCGUACUAGACCAGAAGAGAUUCCCGUCGAGGGCAUGUCACUUCUAGAAGUGAUCAAGACCAAUCUUGAACGCAGAAGAGCAGCAUUCCAGGCUCUAUCCUGCCGGCUUCGGAUGCACUCUGCGGUGUUUGAGGUAUAG